ACAACACAAACCAGCAAAAAUUCCAAUCAAGAAAACAACACACAAAUCUCUCUCUCUCUCUCUCUCUCUCUUCACCUAAACUCUUCAUUUCUGAAACUCCUUUCGUUUCUCUCUCUAGUUCUUGAAUUUGUACAUAGAGAAAAGAUAAGAGGAGAUGGGUCUAUUGUCAAGAAAAGCAGCCUGCAAUUCCCACGGUCAAGAUUCUUCAUACUUCUUGGGGUGGCAAGAGUACGAGAAGAACCCCUACGACGAAAUCAAGAACCCCAAGGGCAUUAUCCAGAUGGGUCUCGCUGAAAAUCAGCUUUCAUUCGAUCUUCUCGAGUCAUGGCUGGCAAAGAAUCCUGACGCGGCCGGGUUCAAGGAAGAUGGCCGGUCCAUUUUCAGGGAACUUGCUCUCUUCCAGGACUAUCAUGGCCUCCCCUCCUUCAAAAAUGCACUGUCGGAGUUCAUGUCCGAAAAUAGAGGAAACCGAGUUUCUUUUGAUCCAAACAAGCUCGUCCUCACUGCCGGAGCGACUUCCGCCAACGAAACUCUCAUGUUUUGUCUCGCCGAACCUGGAGACGCUUUCUUGCUUCCCACGCCAUAUUAUCCAGGAUUCGAUAGGGAUCUCAAAUGGCGAACCGGGGUUGAGAUUGUACCGAUCCAGUGCUCGAGCUCGAACGAAUUCCGCAUCACUCAAACUGCACUCGAUGAAGCAUACGAACAUGCCCACAAACUUAAUCUUAAAGUUAAAGGGGUUCUGGUCACGAACCCGUCUAACCCUUUGGGCACGACCAUGACGCGAACCGAACUGAACCUUCUCCUGGACUUCAUUUCGAAGAAGAACAUACAUUUGAUAAGCGACGAGAUUUACUCCGGGACUGUUUUUAGCUCUCCCGGUUUCAUCAGCAUAAUGGAGAUUCUCAAAGACAGAAACCUCGAAACCGAUGUUUUCGAAAGAGUUCACAUUGUUUACAGCUUGUCUAAGGAUCUAGGCCUACCUGGUUUUCGAGUUGGAGCCAUUUACUCCAACGAUGACAUUGUCGUGGCUGCGGCCACGAAAAUGUCCAGUUUCGGCUUAAUUUCAUCUCAGACACAGUAUCUUUUAUCCGCAAUGUUAUCCGACAAGAAUUUCACCAAGAAUUAUCUCAAAGAGAAUCAAAGGAGGCUCAAGACCCGACAAAGGAAACUAAUGUCGGGUCUUGAAUCGGUUGGAAUCAAAUGCCUAAAGAGCAACGCGGGUUUGUUCUGUUGGGUCGACAUGAGACAUCUCCUGACCUUGAACACGUUCGAAUCCGAAAUGGAGCUGUGGAAGAAGAUCGUGUACGACGUCAAGCUGAAUAUUUCACCCGGUUCGUCUUGCCACUGCAACGAACCGGGCUGGUUUAGGGUUUGCUUCGCUAACAUGAGCGAGGAGACAUUGAAGUUAGCGCUGAAGAGAUUGAAGAGAUUCGUUGAAUCGAAUUCAAACGAUGGAUCAACGACAAAAAUCCAAAAUAGUCAUCAAAGACUAAGGAGUUUGAGGAAAAUGACAGUCUCUAACUGGGUUUUCCGGCUGUCGUUUCACGACCGUGAAGCCGAGGAACGAUAGUCUGGUUUUCUUUAUUUUUUUCCUUCUAAAAUCAUAUCUUUCUUGUUAGUGUAAUAAAUAUUUUGGUCAUGCAUGUAAUUUACGAGUGGUUUCAAAAUGUAAUUUUUUUUUACCAGGAUUAUUUUGGUCCAGUUUGUAGAAGAAAGUGCACUCAGUCCGUACGCUGUACGCGUUUGAAUUUGGCUACGGAUAUGCAGUGGCAUUUCGCUUCGUCGUCGUCGUUCAGUUGUAAUAUCAGCCUCAGAGUCUAUA